UCCCUGACUCUGGUGGAUCACCACGUCCUGCCUGGUGCUGACGCUGCCCUGGAGGAGGCCGUGGUGGAGGUCCUGGCUCCCCCAAAUAACACAGGCACCCCCGGGGGCUUCUGAGGUCUGGAUGAGAAGUUGGGGUCCCUGAGCAGGCCCCCGUGGGGUGCCUGGGUGUGGGGGGGUUGCAGCUGUCUCUGUUAGAGGUCAGCUCAUGGUUUGUCCCCCCCAAUGGCUCCCUGUGCCCCAGUGGUCCCCAAGGUGGCGUUUUGGGGGUGCCAUGGGCAGGAGUUGCACCCCCUUGAUGAAGGCGUUGGGGUGGGGGAAUUAAGGAGUUAUUGAUGAUCUUCCUUCCUUGGGGGGCAGGGGAGGCCCCAGAGGGUGGGUCCGGACAUGCAGCCGUCCAGAACUGUCACUGUUUUCCAAGGAUUAAAUUCCCCUUUAAAUUUC